AUGAAUAUGCAAGAUCAACAGCAAGACCCCGUGUCUGUUGCAAACGUCGAGAAGCAACAUCCAUCAGGCUACGACUUUCCAAUUCAAGCUGCAGGACUGGAAGAGAAAGAUCCAAAUAUCAUUGAUUGGGAUGGCGACAAUGACCCGGAAAAUCCCCGCAACUGGCCAACUAGGAAGAAGUGGACAAACGCAGGUCUACUAUCUGCAAUGACUUUUGUCACCCCGCUUGCCUCAUUCAUGUUUGCACCAGACGUCGAACUCGUCUUCCAUGAAUUCCACUCUACCAAUUCCUUUCUCGCAGCACUCGUUCUCUCCAUAUACGUGUUUGGAUAUUCAGUUGGCCCGCUGAUCGCAGCACCACUUUCAGAAUUAUAUGGACGCGUGCCGGUAUACCAUGUCUCGAACUUCCUCUUCGUGGUCCUCACAAUUGCAUGCGCGGCUAGCAGCAACCUGAAUAUGCUGAUCGUGUUUCGGUUCUUGGCUGGUGCUGGCGGCUCAACGGCCGUUACAAUUGGAGGGGGGACCUUUGGGGAUCUAUUCAAGGCCGAGGAGCGUGGUGCGGCAAUUUCGAUUUGGACGAUGGGUCCGAUAGUUGGCCCUGUGAUUGGACCUGUGUGUGGGGGGUUUCUUGCACAAGCUAUGGGGUGGAGAUGGGUGUUUUGGCUGCUGAGUAUUCUUGGUGGUGUCCUUACGAUCGCAAUGCUCAUCUUCCUGAAAGAAACCUAUCCCGUCAUUCUCCUCGAGCGAAAAGCAGCGCGCCUUCGAAAAAGCACCGGAAAUCCCAACCUCAAAUCCUACCUCGCCUUGGAAAUCUCCCCAUCCGAGCUCUUUAAACGAACAAUCUCCCGCCCGAUCAAGAUGUUCAUCUCCCCUAUUGUUCUCCUCCUCUCCAUAUACACGGCGUUCGUCUACGGCAUACUGUAUCUACUUCUCACAACGCUAACCCAAGUCUUUACGCAGACCUAUGGCUUCUCACGCGGAAUCGCCGGGCUUUCGUAUCUCGGUUUGGGGAUUGGCAUGAUUGUUGGGCUGGUGGGGUUUAGCCUUACGAGCGAUAGACGGAUGCAACGACUGGCUGCUGGAAAUGGUGGGGUCAUGAAACCAGAGUAUCGGUUCCCGCCGAUGAUUCCAGCGAGUGUGCUGAUUCCUACUGGGUUGUUUGUUUAUGGAUGGACGGCUCAAUAUGCGGUUCAUUGGAUUGUGCCGAUUAUGGGGAUGGGCUUGCGGGUUUGGGGAUUAUGGGGAUCAAUGUACAUGCCCAUUUCAGCAUACCUCAUCGAUGCCUUCACCAUCCACUCAGCAUCCGCUCUGGCCGCGAACACGAUUCUCCGCUCUCUAUUCGGAGCCCUCCUGCCGCUAGCUGGACCGGCGCUGUAUGGGAGUUUGGGAUUGGGAUGGGGGAACUCGUUGUUGGCCUUUAUUGCUAUUGGGAUGAUUCCUAUUCCGGUGCUGUUUUGGAGGUUUGGGGAGGUUUUGAGGAUGAGGAUUAGUGGGCUUUAA